AUGCCUUCCCUAACCAACCUCAAGCUCUUCAAGCACCCCAACCCCUACAAAACUGCCCAAAUCCCUACUCGCGCUAGUCACCCAGAUACCCAGGUGAAGCAAUCUUCCACCCCAGUUAUGCAUGCUCCCGUCCAGGUCAAGUACGCUCUCACUCAAUUCAAGCAUGCUAUCGCCCAGGACAAGCAUGCUACCACCCUAGGAGUUCAUCCAUCUAUUCAUACGCCCACACCCAUUUCUAAGAAGCUCGAAACCUCAGAGGACGACUUAGAGGACGAAGACGUGAUGAAUAUGAUCAAGCCUGACCCGGAGGAAGUAGGUGAACACUGGGAUGAGAUGGAAGAUCUCACAGAAGACCGUGAGUGGACUGUUGAGCAGCUGAUGGAUGAUGCACGUCCAGGACGUCGUCACGCUGCUUAG